AUGGGUAUGCUUUUCUGAGGCUCCGCUGUUCGUGAAUCUGUUGUUGGGUCUGCCCGACAUUUGUUUCUAUUAGAUCUGAUUAGAUUUGUGUUCUCAUCGUCUUCUUUCUCGUUAUAUUGCGAAACAGCGACCCAGAAUUCGUUCCAGAGAAUCUUGACCUCCCUCUCCAAGCCUGAAGGUGGGGAAUUCGGCAAGUACUACAGUUUGCCGGCCCUUAACGAUCCCAGGAUAGGUCAGUCAUUUGUCCCGGUAGUGUCGUCUUUCUUCAGGUUUGAAUGGAAUCAUUGAGAUCUAAGUUUCUUAGCGACAGAACUGAUUGUGGUUUUAUUUUCGGACGACGUGAUGCAGAUAGACUUCCUUACUCGAUAAGGAUACUGCUGGAAUCAGCGAUCAGAAACUGUGAUGAGUUCCAGGUGACAAGUAAGGACGUGGAGAAGAUCAUCGAUUGGGAGAACACAUCUCCGAAGCUAGUCGAGAUCCCUUUCAAACCUGCCCGUGUGCUCCUCCAGGUUCCAUUCCUAUCCCCGACCGCUUCUGAGAUUCUGGCUGAAAUCACGACCGAUUCGGUUCUGUAAAUCAUAUUAUCUACACCUAAGAUUUGAAUUUUUUUGGUGAUUUUUUCUCAUAGUCUGUGUUGAUACCCUGGAAUUUGUGAGAAGGGAAAACUAAUCUUAGCUUACACGCGUUAUUUUUUUUCUUAGUUGCCAUAUUAUCGUCAGUAAAGUCCUAACUGGGACUUCACUAUGAAACUAAUAGUGAAUGAGAAGUUGAUCGAGUUUGGUACAUGCUCUUUCUCUUGACAUGAUUUUUACUUGCAGGACUUUACUGGUGUGCCUGCAGUGGUUGAUCUUGCAGCUAUGCGGGAUGCCAUGAACAAGCUUGGUAGCGAUCCGAACAGGAUCAAUCCGUUGGUAAACGAGAAUCAUCUUGUUCUUUCUAUUUUCAGUCACAAGGAUUUCGUAAAUUUUUCUACCGAUUUUCAUUCACUAGAUUACUAUGAUGGUAAUCAUUUCCUUAAGUCAUUGAUAGCUGCAACCGAAACACAAAUUGGAUGAACUGUUCAUGUUUCCAGUAGUGCUAACAUAGUGAGUAGAAUUACGAUUGAUUCAAUCAUAAACAGGGAGAAUGGGUAACUUUAAUAAGAUGUGUAGAUAAUUCAGAAGGAGCUCAAUAUGGGAAAAUCUAUGGAUAUUAUUUGAAAUGGUUAUUAGAUUCAUCAUGCUGAUGUACUGAGGAUUCUUUAAACUUGUAGAGGGCUAAAAAUAUUUGUAUUAGUUUUUUUUCUGUCAGUGAUACCUUGGCAGUGUGGCGGAUGGAUUUAAAUAUAUUUGAUAAGAAACUAGGAGAGUUUCUAAGGGAUAGCAAUUGCAGAAAUAUCUGGUUAACAUUUGACAUGCUUAUUGAGCUCUUCAACUUUAUUUCGAGUUUGUACACUAUUUAAACCCACAGAAGACGUAGAGUAUGCUAUGUAUAUCAUUCAAUCACCCUUAUUACUGGAAAGCUUUGGAAAACUGCAUCCUUAAGGCAACAGUGUCGAGUUUUCCUUCACUCUAACUCUGUUUUUACUUUACAAACUAAAUCAUCAAUGUAAAAAUGCAGUGCAGUUUGCUGUUUCCACAUCAAAAUAAUAGAAAACUCCAAUUACUUGAAUGCAGGUUCCCGUGGACCUUGUCAUUGAUCAUUCGGUCCAGGUUGAUGUGGCUCGGUCAGAAAAUGCACUGCAGGCAAACAUGGAGCUUGAAUUCCAACGAAACAAGGAAAGAUUUAGCUUUCUUAAGUGGGGUUCCAAUGCAUUCCAGAAUAUGCUUGUGGUUCCUCCUGGUUCAGGGAUUGUUCAUCAGGUAUCGAUUGUGCUAUUUUUAACUUGAUGUCUCAUGUAAAAAUGUUUGAUGCACGCUAGGUUGUCCAUAUCCAUCGGUUUGAUCUUCAUUUCUGCUAUCUUUCCUAUCUUUUUGAUUCACAGGUGAACCUAGAAUACCUUGGCCGUGUUGUUUUUAAUAGUGGAGGACUGCUUUACCCAGAUAGUGUGGUUGGCACUGAUUCACACACAACUAUGAUUGACGGGUUGGGUGUUGCUGGCUGGGGAGUUGGUGGAAUAGAAGCAGAAGCUACAAUGCUCGGCCAGGUUGACAACUCUGCAUAACAUUUUCUUUUGCCGUAUUAGACACUGACUGGGCAUUUUUGCUUUAAAUCUAAGCGAUCUAAAAAUGACUCAAAAGUUGCCUAAUCUUUAUAGAGUGUGAUAGGUGGUUUUUCAAAUUUAUGCAUUAUUCAAAAUAGUCAAAUAAUUAAAGCCUGUGGAUGUUUAAUUUCCCUGAGCCCCGUCCAACUGGAUCACUCGUCAUACCGUUUUGCAUUGACUGUCUGCGUUGGUCUACUCAUCUUGUGAAGCUGUAUUUUAAUUCUGGUUGGCUCUGUUGAAUUUUUUUUUCAUUCGACUUAAAUGUACCGAGGAAUGGUGAAGAACAAUGCAGAAAGCUUAUCGAAUCAUGUGAAAUGAAUAUGCUAUUCUUCUUGUCCCGAUGCAGCCAAUGAGUAUGGUAUUGCCUGGAGUUGUUGGCUUCAAAUUAUCAGGAAAAUUGAAGGACGGGGUGACAGCCACAGAUUUGGUUUUGACAGUGACCCAGAUUCUUCGGAAGCAUGGGGUUGUGGGAAAGUUUGUGGAAUUUUAUGGUACGUGAAAGUAGUAAAAUUGGUAGUUUUUGCUACCAAUUUAUUUUUUUCGCUUCAGUAAACUGAAUUCGGGAGUUUUUUUUUUGUAUUCCUAUUUCUUCUUUUUAUUCUCAUUUUUUCUCAUGAAUUAUGCCAAAUUUUCGAAUACAGGAGAAGGGAUGAAGGAACUCUCACUUGCUGAUCGUGCUACCAUUGCAAACAUGUCACCUGAAUACGGGGCAACAAUGGGAUUCUUUCCUGUUGAUCAUGUCACACUUCAGUACUUGAAAUUGACGGGCAGAAGUGAUGAAACUGUGAGACAAUGAUACAUUGACGUGUGUCUCUUGUUAAGAUGGAUUUCUUCUUGUACUGAUGCUUAUCAAUUUAGGUUUCGAUGAUAGAGGCUUAUCUACGGGCCAACAAUAUGUUUGUUGAUUAUAGCCAGGUGAGAACUAAUAUCUGAACGCUGCUGAGACACACAUAUCAUUUGGGAUAUUGUUCAAGGAUUUGGUCUAACCCAAAAUUUAAUACAUAAUCAGCCGCAAGUGGAAAGAAUAUAUUCGUCUUAUCUUGAAUUGAAUCUUGAGGAAGUCGAACCUUGUAUCUCUGGACCCAAAAGGUAAAUAAACCCUUGUCAAAACUCCCAAGUUCAUUUUAGCCAUUCUAGCUAUCUGAUAUGUUACAUGGAAUUGUGUUCUUCUCAGGCCUCAUGACCGGGUUCCACUGAAGGAAAUGAAGAUGGAUUGGCACUCUUGCUUGGAUAACAAAGUUGGCUUCAAGGUAAUACUCGCACAAUAUUUACUUGUUUUUCCAUUGUAGUAUGAAUUUAGUUCAUGCUGAUGAUUCAUUUCACCAUUUUUUAAGGCUUGCUUUCUAUGCUAAUAGCUGAUGGCUGAAAAGAUCGUGCAAAUAGCUUUUCUAGUACGUAGCUGCAAUGUUGUCUUCCUACUGAUCAUAUCCAGGGUGUUCAGACCUUUUACUCAUUCCUCAUCAAUUUAAAGUGUUAGUUUUAUUGUUUAGGGAUGUGAUCAGCAGUAAGACAGAUGCUAGGGAUCUGCACUUGCUUUUUUCAUACUUGGUCGAUAAAUAUGAUAUUUAUAAUAAAACUGUGGGAUACGCAAGGAAUCAUAAAGCUCAGAAAUAAGGAAAGAUGCAUUAAUAUUUUAUUAUUAAUUUUAUACAAAUUCUGAAGCUGACGAACUUUGGUUAUUGUUCAAUUUUCAAGUUAAAACAGUUUUUUGGGCGUGUGGGAAAAGACCAUAUUUGUUUCUGAAUCGUUUUCAUUUGUACUGCAGGGAUUUGCUGUGCCAAAAGAAUCUCAGAACAAAGUAGUAGGUUUUUCAUUCAAUGGGACAUCCGCCCAGAUUAAACAUGGUGAUGUUGUCAUAGCAGCGAUCACCAGUUGUACUAACACGUCAAAUCCCAGUGUGAUGCUUGGGGCUGCUUUGGUCGCCAAGAAAGCUUGUGAAUUAGGUCUCGAGGUAAGAAUUAUGCUGUGUUUUAGUUUCACUACAAGCAUCUUAAGUAUAAACAUGAACACAAACACACACACGCACGCAAGCAGAUAUAGAUUCAUACUUAGAUAUGCACACUUGAUGACAAUUUGCAUCUAGACGUUGUGAAAUACGAGCCUUUUUGGUUGUUGGUAGUUUUAUCAUUGUACAUGUACUAUAUUUUAACUCCUUUUGAACCAGGUCAAACCGUGGAUUAAAACAAGUCUGGCGCCUGGCUCUGGAGUUGUUACUAAAUACUUGGAAAAAAGGUAUAAUGGAAGGGAGGAGCUCUGUGGAUGAGUAAUACUUUGGGUAGGGUUUGCUCGUCGGGAUCUCCUCAGCUUCUCUUUGGUUCUCAUUCGCAGUGGCUUGCAGAAGUAUCUGAAUCAGCUAGGCUUUCAUAUUGUGGGGUAUGGUUGCACAACGUGCAUUGGAAACUCAGGAGACAUUCAUGAAGCAGUAGCGGCAGCAAUUUCCGACAGUGGUAAUCUCAGUGUUCAAGUCGAUGUGUACAACUUACAAGCCUAACAUUGGGGCUAAUUAUUUGGGUUAUUUAUGCAUACUUUGAACUUGUAUUUUGGCAGACAUAGUUGCAGCAGCGGUAUUGUCCGGCAACAGGAACUUUGAGGGUCGUGUGCAUCCUCUAACCAGAGCAAACUAUCUUGCAUCGCCUCCUCUGGUGGUGGCAUAUGCCCUUGCUGGAACGGUAUGGACCAACCUUUUCUUUUUCUGGGGGGGGGGGGGAGGAGGGCAGCUGCUCAUUAGGAUCAGUGCAGCUGUGCCCCAUCACUGAUUUCACCAGUUGAAACUUGGGAGCUCUAUCUGUUGCUGGUAGCAUCCCAUGUGAAGUUUUCUACAUAUUCUUUGAUACUGAAUCCUCUGUUGAUUUCCUCGUCAAUGAACUGUACUCCUGAAACAAAAAGGGCAUGGCUGAAUCAGGGCUUCUUCUUUGACGCGUCUUGACUUCUGGUGCAGGUUGACAUUGACUUUGAGACUGAACCUCUGGGCACAGGGAAAGAUGGGAAUAAAGUAUUUUUUAGGGACAUUUGGCCAUCGAAUGAAGAGAUUGCCAAUGUGAGCUCCUGCAUCCACUCUACUCUUUAAAUUUUGCAAGGAAUUCAUUAUUAUCUUUUAAUUUCUGUGAUUCCCCUUCUCUCUCUCUCUCUCUCUCUCUCUCUCUCUCUCUCUCUCUCUUCAGGUGGUGCAGUCUAGCGUGCUACCAGACAUGUUCAGGGGUACAUAUGAAUCCAUCACCAAAGGGAAUCCCAUGUGGAACAAUCUCUCUGUGCCGUCCAACACCUUGUACUCGUGGGACCCUACCUCAACCUACAUUCACGAGCCUCCCUACUUCAAGGAGAUGACCAUGUCCCCACCGGGCUCCCAUGGUGUGAGAGACGCGUAUUGCUUGCUCAACUUUGGAGAUAGCAUCACCACGGACCACAUCUCCCCUGCUGGGAGCAUCCACAGGGACAGCCCUGCGGCCAAGUUCCUGAUGGAGCGCGGCGUGGACAGAAGGGACUUCAACUCGUAUGGCAGCCGCCGUGGGAACGACGAGGUGAUGGCGAGGGGAACCUUUGCCAAUAUCCGCAUUGUGAAUAAGCUCAUUAAGGGAGAAGUUGGCCCCAAGACAGUUCAUAUUCCUUCGGGAGAGAAGCUCUACGUGUUUGAUGCAGCCAUGGUAAAUCCGCAUCUCAUUGCCUUUUUCGGAACAAAGAAAUGGGUUGAUGGGUGUCAAAGUCUGGAUACUUUUACGUUCAUAUGUGUAUGUUUAUGCGCAUGAUUGUGUGAUUUCUCUGGUUGGUCUGCUCAUGGCUGAUGGUUUCUUCUACCAUCCCGCAGAGAUACAAGAGCGAGGGCCAUGACACAAUCAUACUGGCUGGUGCAGAAUAUGGAAGUGGAAGUUCUCGUGAUUGGGCUGCGAAAGGGCCAAUGCUCCUGGUAAGUAACCCGGGAUCCUCGAUGAAUACUAGUAUUAUCCUAUGAGAGUUGCAUCAAGCGUUGACCAAAUAUAUGGAUUGUUCAAGGCGGCGAAGAGAAAAGCUACUCUUUUGGUGCUUUUUGUGAGUUUAGCCGUGGAAAAAAACAAUGAAGUCAGGGAUUGAUGGCACAAGGAGAAGGAAAAUCACAGGCUAUAUCAGUUUCUAAAUAAAAAAACUUGCCCAAAAUGUGGGUCAGUGUUGACUUGGAAGGAUUUGCGUACUGGCUGGCUCUUGACUGAGGGUCAACCCAAAGACUGAGCUGGCAUGCCCACACGUGUUUCUCUGAAUGAAAGCAUGGACUCGGAACUUAUGCCAGACUGUUGCAACUGUUCAGUUGUUCCAUCCGAGGGAUUUCUACCUACCCAAAGACUCAGUUUUUAUUCCUGAACUAAACUAUAAACUAAACCAUGGUCGAAUAACAUUUUUCUCUAUGUAAGUUGUUGGAAAAUGUUCCAACCAUUGAAUGCCCGGGAUUUUUUUACCAAAAAGGGCUCAUAAAAAUGUCUUCUUGAUGCAGGGUGUGAAGGCAGUGAUAGCUAAGAGCUUUGAGAGGAUCCACCGCAGCAAUCUGGUGGGAAUGGGCAUCAUCCCCCUCUGCUUCAAGCCCGGGGAAGAUGCAGAGACCCUUGGGUUGACCGGCCACGAACGAUUCACCAUUGACCUCCCCAGCAGCGUUGACGAGAUCCGGCCUGGGCAAGACGUCACCGUGGGGACCGACGGCGGGAAGGCCUUCAUCUGCACCGUCCGCUUCGACACUGAGGCAAUGGCUUUCUUUCGUCUCCCUUCAUCUCAAGUUGAUCUUCUUCUUCUUCUUCUCAAUCUUUCUCAAUGAGCUUCUGCUUCCUGAAUGCAGGUCGAGCUGGCCUAUUUCAGCCAUGGGGGGAUUCUGCCCUACGUGAUUAGGAACCUGACUAACGCGAAGCAUUAG